AUGGCUGGUUUAAAAACUUUUGAUGCCUUUCCUAAAACUGAUGAUCAACACAUCAAAAAAUCAAAAAAAGUAGGUCUAACCUCCAUCCUAACCUAUUUCUUCCUCCUACUCAUCACGUGGACCGAAUUCGGUAAUUUCUUCGGUGGCUAUAUCGACCAACAAUACAUCAUCAAUAAUGACAAAUUACAAGACCAAGUCCACGAAUUGGUACACAUCAACCUCGAUAUCUACAUCAAACUCCCUUGCAAAUGGCUCGACGUAAACUCAAGAGACAUCACCGGCGACCACACUUUUGUCUCCAACUAUUUGACUUUUGAAGAUAUGCCCUUCUUCAUACCUUAUGGUUCCAAAUUAAACAUCCUUCACGAUAUCGUCACUCCAAAUAUCGACCAAAUCUUGGGCGAAGCCAUCCCCGCAGAAUUUAGAGAAAAACUAGACACCAUAAUACCUUUGGAUGAAAAUGGUAAACCCUUGUACGAAUUGGACGGUUGUCAUGUCUUUGGUCAAAUCCCCGUCAAUCGUGUACAAGGUGAAUUACAAUUCACAGCAAAGGGCUACGGUUAUAUGAAUUGGGAAAGAACUCCUUACGAAUUGAUCAAUUUCGAUCAUGUCAUCAACGAAUUCUCCUUUGGAAACUUCUUCCCCUAUAUCGACAAUCCCUUGGAUAACACUGCAAAGAUUAACCUCGAUGAUCCAGUCACUUCAUGGAUUUAUGACACUUCUGUGGUUCCAUCUUAUUAUCGUAAAUUAGGUGCCGAAGUAGAUACUUUCCAAUAUUCUGUCAGUCAAUAUUCUUACAACGGCACAUCUUUGCAAAAGAUGACUUCUUCCACUUCUGUCCCAGGAAUUUUCUUCAAAUAUGAUUUCGAAGCAUUAUCCUUGGUAUUGACCGAUCAUAGAAUCUCUUUUUUCCAAUUCCUAAUAAGAUUGGUCGCAAUACUCUCAUUCGUAGUUUACACGGCAGCUUGGUUGUUUAGAUUGUUGGAUAAAGUUUUGAUCAUUACUAUGGGUCCAAAAUGGUCUCUAAGAUAUCAACCUGCUGCUCAAUCUCAACCAUUAUUAGAUUAA